AAGAAGUGAGCUGCUGAGAAGUGAUGCACCAUGUACUCUAAACUGGGUCAUUCCUCACCCAGAGGGCUUGGUGCGUGGCUGACUUGCUGUGUGUAUCCCCUGUGCCGUAGGCUUCGAGCAUCUUCGACAGCCCAGGGAGACAGAGCGAUGGGAAACAGUAUGCGAUCCACCCCAGCACCUCCCGAGAGGCCUGUGCCCAGCCCAGAUGGACUGGAUAGCGACUUCCUGGCCGUGCUGAGUGAUUACCCAUCUCCUGACAUCAGCCCCCCCAUAUUCCGCCGAGGGGAGAAACUACGAGUGAUUUCUGACGAAGGGGGCUGGUGGAAAGCCAUUUCCCUUAGCACUGGUCGAGAGAGUUAUAUUCCUGGAAUAUGUGUGGCCAGAGUUUACCACGGCUGGCUGUUUGAAGGGCUGGGCAGAGACAAGGCAGAGGAGCUGCUCCAGCUGCCAGACACGAAGAUGGGCUCCUUCAUGAUCCGAAAGAGUGAGACGAAGAAAGGUUUUUAUUCUCUCUCGGUGAGACACAGGCAGGUGAAGCAUUACCGCAUCUUCCGCCUGCCAAACAACUGGUAUUACAUCUCCCCGAGGCUCACCUUCCAGUGCCUGGAGGACCUGGUGAAUCACUAUUCUGAGGUGGCUGAUGGCCUCUGCUGUGUGCUGACCACACCCUGCCUCACUCAGAGCACGGCCACCCCGGCCGUGAGGGCCCCUGACUCGCCGCCUAUCACCUUGCGCCAGAAGACCUUCGACUGGAAGAGGGUGCCCAGACUGCAAGAGGACCCUGAGGGAGCCAGGAACCCACUUGGUGUGGAUGAGUCCCUUUUCAGCUACGGCCUUCGAGAAAGCAUCGCUUCCUACCUGUCCCUGACCAGCGAUGACAACACCUCCUUUGAUCGCAAGAAGAAAAGCAUGUCCUUGAUAUACAGCGGGAGCAAGAGGAAGAGCUCCUUCUUCUCAUCACCACCAUAUUUUGAAGACUAGCCUGAGAAUAGACACCAUUGUGUACCCAAAGUAACAGAGGUUGGAACUGUCACCUGGGAUAUGGCAGGGAGGCAUGGUUCCCCAGCCCCUGGGGAACCGCACAUCUUCCAGAAGCCAAGAAAAGGCACAUGGAGACUCGAACUCACAUCUUCUCUGUCCACAUCAUGACAAAAGGAACCCCUCCCUCGUGUCUGAUCAGUACUGAGAUAUCACGAAACGUUGAAUCACGAUGUGAUUGGGCAACAUUUCAGAAGAGCCCCGUGUACUUGUGUGUGCUUGUUGUGUUUGUGGGAAAGAUAAAGACAUUAUCUCACAAGAAAGUGCACAAGACUGUUCAACGAACUGUCCAAAUGGUCACUCUGAGCUCAUCAGAGAUAACUUCGG